AUGGCCAUGGUAGACGAACCGCUAUACCCGAUUGCUGUGCUCAUAGAUGAGCUUAAGAACGAUGAUAUACAGCUACGACUGAACUCGAUUCGCCGGCUAUCGACAAUAGCACGUGCCCUUGGAGAAGAGCGCACAAGGAAGGAGUUAAUCCCAUUUCUGAGUGAGAACAGUGACGAUGACGAUGAGGUUCUCCUUGCAAUGGCUGAAGAAUUGGGAGUUUUUAUCCCAUACGUCGGAGGAAUCGAGCAUGCACAUGUUCUUCUCCCUCCUCUGGAAUCUCUCUGCACCGUUGAAGAGACCUGCGUGAGAGAAAAAGCUGUGGACUCGCUUUGCAAGAUCGGGUCUCAAAUGAGAGAAAGUGAUCUUGUUGACUCCUUUGUCCCUCUUCUCAAGAGACUUGCAGCUGGUGAAUGGUUUGCAGCCAGAGUUUCUGCAUGUGGUAUAUUUCAUGUUGCAUACCAAGGCUGUACCGAUGUGCUGAAGACAGAGUUACGGUCUACUUAUAGCCUCUUGUGCCAAGAUGAUAUGCCAAUGGUGCGAAGAGCUGCUGCAUCUAACCUGGGGAAAUUUGCUACGACUGUGGAGUCAACCUACUUGAACGCUGAGAUCAUGACUAUGUUCGAUGAGCUUACUAAAGAUGACCAAGAUUCUGUUAGGCUGUUGGCUGUCGAAGGCUGUGCUGCUCUUGGAAAGUUGUUGGAACCCCAGGAUUGUGUUGCACGCAUUUUACCUGUUAUUGUUAACUUCUCUCAGGAUAAAUCGUGGAGGGUGCGCUACAUGGUUGCUAAUCAGCUAUAUGAACUUUGUGAGGCAGUGGGUCCUGAUUGCACAAGAACGGAUUUGGUUCCAGCAUAUGUGAGAUUGCUACGGGACAAUGAGGCUGAAGUGAGAAUAGCAGCAGCGGGGAAAGUGACAAAAUUCUGUAAGCUUUUGGAUCCAGAGCUUGCUAUUCAGCACAUCCUUCCUUGUGUGAAGGAAUUAUCAUCUGAUUCUUCUCAACAUGUUCGCUCUGCUCUAGCUUCAGUAAUAAUGGGAAUGGCUCCUAUCCUUGGAAAGGAUUCAACCAUUGAGCAUCUGCUCCCAAUUUUUCUCUCCCUUUUGAAAGAUGAAUUUCCUGAUGUACGCCUCAACAUCAUAAGCAAGCUAGAUCAAGUCAACCAGGUUAUUGGAAUUGACCUACUAUCACAAUCCUUGUUACCGGCGAUUGUGGAGCUUGCUGAGGAUAGGCACUGGAGAGUCCGUCUUGCGAUAAUAGAGUAUGUUCCUCUGUUGGCCAGCCAGUUAGGCAUUGGCUUUUUCGAUGACAAGCUCGGAGCCCUUUGCAUGCAGUGGCUUCAAGAUAAGGUCUACUCUAUCCGUGAAGCUGCAGCAAACAACCUGAAGCGCCUCGCAGAGGAGUUUGGUCCUGAAUGGGCAAUGCAACACUUAGUCCCCCAGGUAUUGGACAUGGUCAACAAUCCGCACUACCUACACAGGAUGAUGGUUCUACGUGCAAUAUCUCUAAUGGCUCCUGUAAUGGGAUCAGAAAUCACUUGCUCUAAGUUUCUUCCUGUGGUGGUUGAAGCAUCAAAAGACAGAGUUCCAAACAUCAAGUUCAAUGUCGCCAAACUGUUGCAAUCCCUCAUCCCCAUAGUCGACCAAUCGGUGCUGGACAAAACAAUCCGUCAGUGUUUGGUGGACCUGAGCGAGGACCCUGAUGUUGAUGUUCGCUAUUUUGCAAACCAAGCGCUUCGUACCAUUGACGGUACUGUGGAAUCCUGA